AUGUCAACAACUAAAGAAAAUGAAGAAAUCAGUCAAGUCCCGGAAGUUGGUGAUACCGGAAAAAUAACCUAUGAACGAAAAUAUUUCGGUUUGAUUAAAGAAACUUCGAAAGUAGAUAUUAAUAUUUACCAACUUCCUCAUUCAGAUGGUGAAGUUUUCAUAAUGUUCUGGAUAACUCGUAAUAAGGUUUUUCGAAUCGUUGAAUAUAGUCUGAAACCUUCCAUAUCAUCCAUUCUUAACCUUAUGGAAAUUGCACUUUCAUUAUAUCCUAAUACUGUAUAUUCAGCUGGUGAUACUGUAAUUCUUGUAAUACCCCAAUACUCCAGUAGUGUACACGAAUCCUUCGAUCAUCACUGUACCAUUAAAUGA